AUGCAUAAAGCAUGCGAAUUCACAGAAACAAAUGAAACAGUGACAAUCAUGAUUAGCAAAGAAGAUGUAUCUGGAAUGACGAUCAGUCCAUACAUCGAUGGUUCAAGAAGAUUGGUGUUGUGUGAUGACCUUGCAAUCAAUCUGUUGGGAGACGUCAGUCCAGAGGUAACGUUGUGCACAUCAGGGCCAAGGAUAGAAGUGCACCUGAGAAAAGUGCAAUACAAGAUGUGGAUAGAAUGCACAGGGAAUACAACUGGGGAUGUAAGUAAGACAGAAAUAGAGAAUUGGGAGUCAGAGGAAGAAUCUGAGCAGACAGAGUCAUUGCUUGACUUGCUGAGUAAGAUAUACAAACGGUCUGGUGAUGAUGUUCGUAGGGCAAUGGAGAAGUCGUUCUAUGAAUCUGAGGGCACAGUCUUGAGCACUGAUUGGGAUCAGGUCAAGCAAAAAAAGGUUGCGCGUGAGGAAUAA